AUGCCGAGAGAUGUUAUCCCUCAAGUUGAUGUCGGCGCGCUUACACUCAAUGGACUGGCUGCCUUCUCGCCACUCAUCGCAGCCUUGAGCACCGACAAUGUUUCUCCAAUGGCCAUGAUACAGCUGCAAAGUCUUGGAGAUCUUUUCCACACAAGCGGACGGUAUGCUGCGAGAGUACCCGAUCUGCUACAGCGAUGUUCAUCUGUACCUCUGGAUCAAUUAGGAAUGGCCAUCGGUUGGAGAAAAGGCGAUGCCGCUUCGCUGAUGGCGCAAUCAGCGGGUGGCCAGGCUAUAGCGCUAUUGUGUUUCUGCUUGGUGAACCUUUAUCCUAGGGAAUCUGGCGAUAUACUAUUUGAACUAAGUAGGAACGUACUUCGGAGGGAUUUAGCGAUAUCCAGUAUUGCACAACUUGCGGAUGUUUCACAACUUUUAGAUGGGAAGUUGUCAGCCUUGGGAUUCGGAAACAUUCUUGCAGAACAAGUGCUGUACAUACACAAAGUCUUCGAGCAACUUGAGGAAUCAGUACCUUCUGAUUUUCUCCACUCGAUAAGCAGAGACUCUAUGGUGGACUUGCUUUCAGCACUGUCUCGAGCAUUUCGUGAAGAGGAGAUCUUGGUUCGAAUCUCUGGCAGUCAGGGUAUGGGUUAUAUUGUGGCUCUUGCAGCAAUACUGUUCCCGAUGGAUACUACGUUGAUUAUCGGGAGUUUUAUUAUCCGAGAAGGCACCAGCAAAUUGAUCUUCCUGGAACUCGACAAGACCGCUGAUUCGGGCUGUCCAACCCAGAUCCGUGUUGAAAAGGUACUGAAGACAGAAACGCCAGAUUCACUGCCAAUUAACAUCGUGUCUGAAGAAGCCCCACGGCCACCAUCGUCAUACUACUUUGAAUGGACAGGACAUGUCGCAGACUGGCUGUUCAUUCGUUUCGCGGAGAUGGGUGUUACGUGCACCUCAGCGCUGCUUGUUGCGUGCUGCGACGUGUUAUUAUUACUUCCCCACCUGGUACAGGUAUCCUGGGUUGAUUCGCCACGGCUAAAUAUGUUCUCGCUCCUAGGGCCAGAGCCGAUGCAGCGAAUAUACCAUGUUUGUAGGGUUGUCUUUCGGGAAGUACCAUCUGGUCAAUUCAAAGACCUAAAAUCAGCAUAUCGCAACUUGGUUCAGUCUUUCAUUGGCUGUGCUGGAGUGAAAUCUCAGUGCACUUGUGGGAAAUGUGACCUUCACAAAGGUUGGAAAACGGUCGAAAGGCAAUAUAACUGCGCCACACGCAAUCUGUGGCGGUGCAUAGGUAAAGCGCUUUCGGGUGGAUUUUGGUACUUCUAUGUACACGCACAAGAACAUGCUACAUUAGCACCCGACGAAUCUUAUUGCGACCUAGAAUACAACGUUGUUCUCGACACCAUCUACGGUGAGAUUUUUAAAGUGGGGCGUCCCAUCGAGUACCCCGGUCAACGGAUUCACCAUUAUUUGAUGGAGCUUGUCCAGGGGAGAGACAUUGAAUUGGCUCACUCGAAUAGGUCUAGCACAAUCUGCCCCGCUUCACUCCUCCAGCUAAAGCGAGGGCUAGAUGAAGGUGUCCGGUAUGAGUUGAAAGAUGGCCGCAUGUUGGUGGAUGGUCGAUAUUAUCGGAGCCUGCUUUCUACCAGUGUAGAAGUAAGGCCCAGAGCCAGCAAGUCCUUAUACCAACGGAAAGGACACAUCACACCUACAUCUUUGGGAGAGCAUUCUAAUCUGGUCUUUACUAUUCGAGAAUUUUCUUCCGGGUUGGAACUUCGGACUACCGCAAUCUGUAAUGGGCAAAGCUUGCAUCUCAAUCUGUUGGAUAUCAUCAUCUCGUCAUUGGUGGUACAGAUAGCUGCACCUUGUGAACACGGCCCCGGCUGCCUGCUUGACGAAGAAUACUCCAAAGACGUGUUUACUACUUCGAUUGCCGGGCCUCUUGCGGAUGGCAAGAAAAUUGCCAUCACACAGACCAGAGACAACCCUGUUGCGCAGCUCCUUGCUUGUGAGGCUGGCAUACCCCUUCUUCAGCGUGACUGCUGCCUGAAUUGUGCUUUCAAGCAGGCGAAGGAACAUAACUAUAGUCAGAUCAUAGUUAUGUGA